AUGAGGAUGGAAAUAAAAUUCCCUCGAAGCAGAUACGGGAAUCCGAACGGGGAUUUCCGUCCCCGUCUCCAGCAUCGCCUUCCAAUCCCUAAACACCCUCACCUUGCUCCUCGCGAAACCCCUCCCCUUCCGCAUUCUCUUCCUCUGCUUUGCACCCAGCGUCCCAGCCAGCCACCUCCGACCACCACCGUUGCGGCCUUGCCACUGUCCGUUUUAGCCGGCCCACUCAUUGCAUCAUCACCGCACUGCGCCGUUCGCCCUCUUUUGCGUCGUUCGCCGCUCUUCUCUUCACCAGUGUCUUUGACUUCUUCGGCCAUUUCUUCUUUAUCCCUGGUACACUCCCCCCUUGUUCCUUGCUCACGCUCUGCGCAAUUGGACAUCUCCUUGGAGAAAAGCUCGGACUUCCACAAAAGCUCAAAGGUCGGCACCGAAGAUAACAACUCGGCAUCGACUCCCAGGGACCGAGCUCUCCCUUCAGGUAUCCAUACAAGAACAAUUGGCGCCCACCGUGGGGCCUCGAAAUAAACACCCUUCUUUCUAUAGAUCCCAUUUCCUUCCAAUGGCUUCAAACUUACUUGCACCUUU